AUGGGAAAACGCAAAAGCUCUAGCAAAAUCACUAAAGCCCCCAAACCCAAGUUGGACAGGAUCUUUGACUGUCCAUUCUGCAACCACAGUAAAACUGUAGAAGUGAUGUUUCAAAAAACCCUCGGCAAAGCCAGCAUAAGCUGCAGGGUCUGUGCAGCGACCUGGGAUACCAAAGUGACUGCCCUCAGUGAAGCUAUUGAUGUGUACAGUGACUGGAUUGACGAGUGUGCAAGGAGAAACCCUAAAGAAUAA